AUGGAUACACUGUCCCUAAGAGUUUGGAAUAAUGUAAUGCGGCUGUCUUUCAACUGGGACUGUAGAGAUUUUGAGGCAGUUGUGAUCAGUGCAAGGACUGUAACAUCAGCUGAAAUCCACCCAGAGAUUCAAACCAAGACAGUAAGUUGGGGAGAUGAUGUAACACUGACAAUGACCAUACAAUCAACAUCAAUAUCAGAAUCACAAUUGAAAUGGAAACAUAAUGGUGUGGAUAAAGAAGCAUGGCAUGGACAAAGUAGUAUUACUAUUACAUCAGCUAAACCAUCAGAUGCUGGAAUUUAUGAAUGUUAUACUACUCAACAACAACGACAAGAUGGAUUAAAUGGUUUUAUGAGACUUAUUGUUAGACGUUGCCAAAAUAGAGGGACAUGGGGACAAAAUUGUGGCAGAGUAUGUACAUCAUAUGAUGAAGACGCCUGUCGAACAAGAAUGUUUUGUGUUUCUGAUCCAUAUGGAUGUUCAUGUCUUGCAUCAUAUACAGGAUUAGAUUGCAAUACAGGAUUAGAUUGCAAUACAGAUUGCCCUGUUGGGAAUUAUGGAGCUGGUUGUACUCAGACAUGUCACUGUACCAAUGGAUGUAGUAAAUCAGAUGCCGAUCUACUUGUAUCUGGAGAAUGUACUAUAAGUGGAGAUACUUGUGAUGAUGGAUGGGGUGGUGAAAACUGUAGAGUUCCCUCCGCAUGUCCUCCUGGUUUCUAUGGUGAAAUAUGUAAUUAUAAUUGUCAUUGUAAAAACAAUGCAGCAUGUGAUAAGAACACUGGUGUUUGUCCCAAUGGAGAUUGUGCACCAGGAUGGAUAAAUCUAGAUACUAUAGAUUCAGAUUGUCAACAAGAUGGUAGUCCUAAAUUGAAGAGCUUCUCCUAUCACAAAGUCAACCCUGGUGAAGAAACAUAUUUCAUCUGUGGAAUCAUUGGGAAUCCUGUUGUAACAAAUGAUGAAAUGAAAUUAUGGAAACUAGGUACAACUGACUUCCUGUCUCCUACUACCUAUAAUGAUGGUGAAAAAUAUACUGCUGUUGGAACUUUUACUGGAGUUGUUGUUCAGAAUGAUCUGCCACGAUUUCAGACUAGUGACAAGCCACAAGUAUCAGAUAGUCAAUCUGACCAGCUUACUGUGACCUGGAACAAAUGGACUACUGAUGAUAUUGGAGAUGGACCUGUUGAAUCUUAUAAAGUAUACUACAGAGAGAGUGUUGAGAGUGACUGGAUAUCAGGUCAAGUUUUAUCAGUCAGUGAUUCAAGUCAGAUGAGUUAUACAUCAACUAUCACAGGAUUACAAUGGUCUACUCAAUAUGAAAUUACAGUGACUGUUAAAAGACCGGGUCCACUUGGUGAAGGAAGUAAAGACACAGCUAUAACAGAAACUACAUUGUGUGCAAUGACUGUUAAAAGACCGGGUCCACUUGGUGAAGGAAGUAAAGACACAACUAUAACAGAAACUACAUUGUGUGCAACCCCACAAAAACCAGCGAUUAAGAAUAUAUUAUCACCCGAGUUGAAACAACUUGAAGUUCAUGUGCAGGUUCCCGAUAGUGGUGAGAUAAAGUGUAAACACAACAAUUUGGAUGGUUACAUUGAUUACAUAAAAGUGCAGUAUAGAAAAGCAGGUACACAAGAUGAAUAUGGGGUAAAAAAUGAAGUUUACCAGAGGAGUGUGACUGGUUCAGAAGUGAUCACUGUUACCGAUGACUCAUACUACCUUACACCGAGUAUGAAGUCGUUGCUUUUACUCAGAAAUGCUGAUGCUUUAAGUCCUCUGAGCUAA